UGUGUGUGGGUGUCUUCUUUUGCAGAGACCGACAGGAUGAAAGUAAUCAGCGCUGCAGUGCUUAGCGUCAUGUUCUGCACUGUUGUAUCAGCAUCUCUACGAGUCAAACAGGAGCACAGGACCGCGUUCUUUGGGGAGGACGUUCACAUCGAUGUCCCGCCUGGAAACGUCAGUGAGGUUGUGUUCAAACCCAGGACCAAUCGUUCCUCUGAGGUGGUUCUGAUGCGAGCGGGCCAGGUGGUGAACCCGCGGGGCCACUUCAACUCUCUGGGCCACCUGGUGCUGGAGGAUGUGCAGGAGGAGGAUGAAGGCGUGUACGUCAUCAGAGGCGCCAGCGCGCCCGGCACAACCAAGCAGCUCAUCCUCACGGUCAGGGACUGUGCUGUGGAGAAAGUGGUAAAGUACGGAGAGACUUACUACAUCCACCUCAACCAUGUGGAAGGCCCCAUCACCCUGGAGUUCAGGCCCAGUGUCGUUCAGGCCAACCAGACGGAGAUACAGCACAGCACAGAGCCUCCUCCCAUGGUGCUGUACAACCAGACGACAGUGAUGGGGGAGGAAUAUGUGGGACGGCUGAGUGUGACGGAGCAACGAGUGACUCUGCACUCGGUCAGGAUGAAGGACGAGGGCAGCUUUACAGUGCUGGACCGCGAGGGCAAAGUCAGGAGGAGGAACUGCCUGAAUGUCAGAGAGCACCAGAACUUUAUGCAGCUGCCCUAUGGAGAAAACCUGAAGGUGAAACUCUACACGCACCAUUCCAACGUUAACAUCGUCUACAGGUCCAAAUCAGACAAUCAGGACCGGGUCAUCAUGGACCAGGGGGUUCUAGUGAUGCCGCUGGACCCUCAGCUGGAGGGCAGGCUGAGUGUGGAGGGCUCGGAGCUCAUCAUGAAGAAGGUCCACGUGGCUGAUGCCGGUGUCUUCAAAGUGACCGACCUGGCUGGGUUUCCUGUGGCUCACAUCUACAUAGACGUGGACGCCUACAAGCUGCCUUCCCUGACUGUGGCCAUCCUCUCCCUGCUGGGCCUCAUCGCCUUCAUGCUGCUCGUGUGCCUGCUGUCCUGUCUCCAUAAAGUGCACAAGAGGAACGAAAAGAACAAGAAGCUGCUGCUCAUUGCUCAGCGGGCCGGCAAGGGAGAAGGCGAGGCUUUCAGACAGGUGGUCCAUGAGGUGUACACCAGGUUCACCGAGGAGUCUCUGACGCAGUCUGUGUGUGAUAAACCUUCAGAGACCAUCGAGGUCACCAUUAAGGGCCUCGAGGUGUCCAAACCAGGCCGCUACCAGGCUCUGACUUCAGACAACUUUAUGGAGAUGAGCGACUCUGGAAUGGAGUUCACAACCUCUGGUCUCCCUCUGGACAGCGACACUGAUGCUGCAGUGACCUACGCCUCCAACAAGCCCCUUCUGAAUGCCGUCUCCCCUACGGCUGUGACCGAAGGCAUCCACUCUGACAGCCUGGAGGCCACUGUGGUCCUCGAUGGCAACCUCAGUGCCAGUCGGACCCCUGACUCUGCUGUGAGUGCCAGCCCUGCCUCCAAUCCUCGCUCACUUGCAGCUGCCACCCCUGAUGGCAGCCUGCACAGUGCUGCAUCGCUGGGAACGGCCUCCAGGAGCGCUGCUGGGUCAGAGGGAGGGGCUGAGAGCGGAGAAGCUGGGCAGAAAGAGGAAUCUGCUCAGAGCACCUGAGAAAAUGCACCAGGGUGUAUUUUUUUUUCAUAUUCAUGUCUCUCUUCACAGUCAUGACAUUCACACCCAUCUGGCUCUGUAUGUCUGAGAACCUCAUCACAUGUAAACAGGUCUGAUCACUGCAUUUGAAACAUCACAGACAACAUAUUAAUGCUUGGAUCCAGAUGUCAGUGUAGCCUAGAAGAAAACAAUAACAAGGCAGUUGCACAAAAUGCACAAUACAAAACUUAAUGCACAACGCACUAAAAGAUGAGAUGCAAAAGAGUAUCCUCAAGCUCUGUCAAAAGAAGAACAAAGCGAUUCGAUGCAUAUGGUAAAAUGCAUGCAUUUAAAUUAGACAUUAAAGUAGAUAUCAUAGUGCAGAUCCACAGGAGAAUGCUGACAUUAGAGUAGAGAGACUGCAUGCAGGCUUCAACGGGCUAAAGACGCACAGGCUCAAAAAGAAGUUAUGUGAAAAGGAUAACAUGCUCUGGGCACAUUUAGGAAAACAUCUAAAUGGGGUUGAAUGAUUUUAGCUUCUGGAGAAAAAGAUUCAGGAGUGACAGGUGGAGUCAGUCUGCCCCAGGGAAUCAGACAUUAUGUUCUAAGACCAAGGCUACUAAUAACAGCAGCAAAGAGCUUUUCCCUUUUUGAGGCAAAUUUCGGUGUGUUGCCUCUGAUGCCACUUGUGUCCACUCUGAGCACAUCAGACAAACACUGGGAUGAUUGCGUUUCAUCUCACCCACACACAGACUUAUUAACAGUACAAGCAUGUUACAAAGCAUCUCUGCCUCUUGGACAGAGGUGCUUGUCUCAGCUUGUCCAUGAAAAACGCCUCAUCAACAACAUCUCUCUGAAAAACCUGCGAACCGAAACAAGCUCAGCUAGAUUAAACAUCACCACUUCUGGGUGAGUGCUAUUUUUUUUUCUUAUACCUCAGGUGUCAACUCUGCCACAUUUGAAAACAUCAUCUAAAGAAACCUGUUGCAGCACCUGUCACAUCUCACUCACGCUAAUGAUGAACGCCAGAGAAAACAGAACAACAACUAACUGCAGAAACUAAUCUCAUUUUUGUGCGUGUCCCCAGUGGACUUGACAUAGAACCAGUGUGAGCAAAACAAAAUUCAGGAAAAUACUGUGCAGCACUCCUGGGACUUUUGGAUCAGCUCCUGAGAACGUAAUUGGAUUUUUGGUCUCUUUGCAGAUGGACCGAUUCACGGACACGUCAGAGUGAGGAGCUGUGAUAAAAGAGACAACAGAGAUGGAGCAGGGUACUACUGGGGGAACAGAUAAAUGACUUGCAUGAUUUAAAGCCUCCCAUUUUCAUCUCAGCCCCAUCCAUCUCACCGAGCUCUUAUUAUUGAAGCCCAGUUUGCCAAAAUGAAGUAAAGACUCAGUUGGAUCAGUCUGUGACAACGAAGCCGCCUAUACCCCCAAUGGAAUGAGACUAGGAAUAUAUGAUUGUGAGGUAUGUGUGUGUGU